UAAUCAAAUACAAAACUACUAACUACCUCGUUUGCCCAUUACUUAAAGACUGGUGGCUUGUUGACAUUCAAGAAAUGGGUGACGAAGACAGGCCCCGACCAAUGGUGGGGAGGAAACCAUGUGAGAAAAGACCGAACGCUGCAGACCAGUUCGAGGAACACCAAGUGGAGUAUGAGAGACGAGACACGCAGACCCUCCGGAGGGACUGGGAGACCCACAACAGUACUUAUCCAAAACUGAGAGACGAACUGGAGAAGCGGCGGUCCAUUGCACACGUGGGUUUUAAUUAUCAAUCAUCAUUGACAACCGAUGGACGUUCACAACUGCGGGCCUAUUGUGUAUCUCGGUGUACCAUUGAAAUACCAACGAAAUUACGAUGAAAAAAGGUGUAGUGAACAC